CACUAGGGUGAGCGAGCGGCAGCGCUCGGCGUUGUGGCUGGAGGCUGGGGCCGGCGAAGACGCCCGAGCCGCGGGUAGCAACUGGGCGCAGGAACGCGCGUACUGGGGUUCGGACCGCGCGGCGUCAGCCGCUGCGAGCGCCGCUGAGCGCUCUAACCUUCAGUCGUGCAACUUCGUAGCCAGGACGUGAGAACCCGGGGAGCGCUCGAGUACCGGCGCCGGAGGAGCGCAGAGAGGGGCGCGCCGGAGCCUGACCGGAGAGCGGACGCCAGGCACCCUUCGCGCUCCGAGCGCCCGGCAGCCCUCUGCGAAGCGUGGCUGCCUCUGCCCCAACGGAGGGCACGAGCUGGCGCGACCGGGCGCCGGGGAGGACGGCGAGGAGGAGGCGGCGGCGGCGGAGACGGCGGCGGCGAGGCUGGGGCCAGGGAGAGAGCCCCGGGGGAGAGGCGCCCGAGCCGGGCCGAGGGAGCAUGUGGGCCCGGAGCGGAGCGCGGGGCGCGCUGCUGCUGGCGCUGCUGCUCUGCUGGGACCUGAGGCUGAGUCAAGCAGGCACUGACUCAGGCAGGGAAGAGCUCCCCGACUCCUUCCCAUCGGCGCCAGCAGAGACGCUGCCCCACUUCCUGCAGGAGCCGCAGGACGCCUACAUCGUGAAGAACAAGCCCGUGGAGCUGGGCUGCCGUGCCUUCCCCGCCACGCAGAUCUACUUCAAGUGCAAUGGCGAGUGGGUCAGCCAGAGUGACCACGUCACCCAAGAGGGCCUGGACGAGGCCACCGGCCUGCAGGUGCGAGAGGUGCAGAUCGAGGUGUCGCGGCAGCAGGUGGAGGAGCUGUUCGGGCUGGAGGAUUACUGGUGCCAAUGCGUAGCCUGGAGCUCUGCGGGCACCACCAAGAGUCGCCGGGCCUACGUCCGCAUCGCAUACCUGCGCAAGAACUUUGAUCAGGAGCCUCUGGGCAAGGAAGUGCCCCUGGACCAUGAAGUUCUCCUGCAGUGCCGCCCACCGGAGGGGGUGCCUGUGGCUGAGGUGGAAUGGCUCAAGAAUGAGGACGUCAUCGACCCCACCCAGGACACCAACUUCCUGCUCACCAUCGACCACAACCUCAUCAUCCGCCAGGCCCGCCUGUCGGAUACGGCCAACUACACCUGCGUGGCCAAGAACAUGGUGGCCAAGCGCCGCAGCACCACGGCCACUGUCACUGUAUACGUGAACGGUGGCUGGUCCAGCUGGGCAGAGUGGUCGCCCUGCUCCAACCGCUGUGGCCGCGGCUGGCAGAAGCGCACGCGGACCUGCACCAACCCUGCCCCCCUCAACGGAGGCGCCUUCUGCGAGGGCCAGGGCUUCCAGAAGACUGCCUGCACCACCGUGUGCCCAGUGGACGGCGGGUGGACGGAGUGGAGCAAGUGGUCGGCCUGUAGCACCGAGUGUGCGCACUGGCGCAGCCGCGAAUGCAUGGCGCCCCCGCCCCAGAACGGAGGCCGGGACUGCAGCGGGACCCUGCUCGACUCCAAGAACUGCACUGACGGGCUGUGCGUGCAAAAUAAGAAAACUCUAAGUGACCCCAAAAGCCACCUCCUGGAGACCUCGGGGGACGUGGCGCUGUAUGCGGGCCUUGUGGUGUCCGUCUUCGUGGUGGUGACUGUCCUCAUAGUGGUGGCGGUGGUGGUGUACCGCCGCAACUGCCGGGACUUUGACACCGACAUCACCGACUCGUCUGCUGCCCUCACCGGCGGCUUCCACCCAGUCAACUUCAAGACUGCAAGGCCCAACAACCCACAGCUCCUGCACCCAUCCGUGCCUCCUGACCUCACUGCCAGUGCCAGCAUCUACCGCGGGCCAAAGUACGCCCUGCAAGACUCAGCCGACAAGAUCCCCAUGACCAACUCGCCGCUGCUGGACCCGCUGCCCAACCUCAAGAUCAAGGUCUACAGCUCCGGCACCACCGGCUCUGGGCCAGGGCUGGCAGAUGGGGCCGACCUGCUGGGAGUCCUGCCGCCCGGCACGUACCCUGGUGAUUUUGCCCGGGACACCCACUUCCUGCACCUGCGCAGUGCCAGCCUCGGCUCCCAGCAGCUCCUGGGCCUGCCCCGUGACCCGGGGAGCAGUGUCAGUGGCACCUUUGGCUGCCUGGGCGGGAGGCUCAGCAUCCCCGGCACAGGGGUCAGCCUGCUGGUGCCCAAUGGAGCCAUCCCCCAGGGCAAGUUCUACGAGAUGUACCUCAUCAUCAACAAGGCAGAAAACACCCUCCCACUUUCAGAAGGGACCCAGACAGUAUUGAGCCCCGCAGUGACCUGCGGGCCCACAGGCCUCUUGCUAUGCCGCCCCGUCAUCCUCACGGUGCCCCACUGUGCAGAAGUCAGUGCUGGCAACUGGAUUUUCCAGCUCAAGACCCAGGCCCACCAGGGCCACUGGGAGGAAGUGGUGACCCUGGACGAGGAGACCCUGAACACCCCCUGCUACUGCCAGCUGGAGGCCAGGUCCUGCCACAUCCUGCUGGACCAGCUGGGCACCUACGUGUUCACGGGUGAGUCUUAUUCCCGCUCGGCAGUCAAGCGGCUCCAGCUGGCCAUCUUUGCCCCAGCCCUCUGCACCUCCCUGGAGUACAGCCUCAGAGUCUACUGCCUGGAGGACACGCCCGUAGCGCUGAAGGAGGUGCUGGAGCUGGAACGGACCCUGGGUGGCUACCUAGUGGAGGAGCCAAAACCCUUGCUGUUUAAGGACAGUUACCAUAACCUGCGCCUCUCCCUCCACGACAUCCCCCAUGCCCACUGGAGGAGCAAGCUGCUGGCCAAGUACCAGGAGAUCCCCUUCUAUCACAUUUGGAGUGGCAGCCAGAAGGCCCUGCACUGCACCUUCACGCUGGAGAGGCACAGCCUGGCCUCCACGGAGCUCACCUGCAAGAUCUGCGUGCGGCAGGUGGAGGGAGAGGGCCAGAUAUUCCAGCUUCAUACCACGCUGGCAGAGACGCCUGCUGGCUCCCUAGACGCCCUCUGCUCUGCGCCCAGCAGUGUGGCCACCACCCAACUGGGACCCUACGCCUUCAAGAUCCCCCUGUCCAUCCGCCAGAAGAUAUGCAACAGCCUGGAUGCCCCCAACUCACGUGGCAAUGACUGGCGGCUGUUGGCACAGAAGCUCUCCAUGGACCGGUACCUGAACUACUUUGCCACCAAAGCAAGCCCCACAGGUGUGAUCCUGGACCUCUGGGAAGCUCUGCAGCAGGACGACGGGGACCUCAACAGCCUGGCGAGUGCCUUGGAGGAGAUGGGCAAGAGCGAGAUGCUGAUGGCGAUGGCCACCGAUGGAGAGUGCUGAGCUGGCCCGCACCUGCGGGCUGGGAGGGACCAGCAGGAGGCGGGCACAGGCAGGCCCGGGGCAGCCUCCUGGGGGGCAAUUGGGCCUCCUCUGCCCCCGAGCUCACAGCCAGAAUCGCCCCUCCUCCUCCUCCCCCCACUUGCCCCACCCGCAGACCACAACCAGCCUUAGGAGAUCCAUGGACUUCGUUGUUGGGAGGACUCAGCGGUCCUUCUCCACCCCAUGCUGUCUCUCCUGACCUCAGACCUCUGUGCAGGAAGCAGGAGGGGCCGGGCCCUCUGGAGGCAGCUAGGGGAACAAGGAAGUGGCCCUCCCACCCUCAGCCCCAGGAACUCUCGGGGCACCUGUUUUAGUUGUGUUCUUUAUUCUCUUCCUCAGUUAUUGAUUCUCCCUCCUCCCUCUCCGUUCACACCAUUUUCCUCUUUGAAGAGUCAAGUACAAUUCAGAGAAACUGCUUUCUCCUGUCCACAAGUGAAAACGAAGAGGAAAGAAAGAAAGCUUCCAACCACUAGUAAGGCUCAAAAAAAAAGAAAAACACCAAAACCACAAGGGAAAAGAAAACCCAGUUUCUUAGGAAACGCAAAUGAUUUAUUAUCCAGAUAUUUGGAUAAGUUCUUUUUAAGAAAAAAAAAGAAAAUGAAAAAACAACACAAAAAAAUAGAAAACGCUUUUCUUGAGUGUGGGUGUGGGCGUGCUUGUGAUUCUGGCCAGCAGCCUGUGUGUGUGUAUGUGUGUGAGAGAGAGAGAGAAUCAGGGAGAGAGAGACUGAAUAGGAAACCCUUUGCUGCUAAUGAUUCCAUCUUAGACUAAAUUCUAACAAGCCCUCAGCUUCCGCACUUCUACAGGUUCAGAUGAGGUCUGAGACGUGGUCCCGUGUUUCUUUCUGAAAUCUUAAACAGAUGCUGAAUCAGUAAAGCCAAGGAGACCUGAAGUCUGGCGUGGGGUGGGGUCCUGCCUCCCUCUCACAGCCCCAGGCAGGUGCCCCCAUGGCUCCUCCAGGUUCCCAGGAAUCUAGAUUAAAAGGACCUGGGAUGGAAAAUGUGGGUGGGCCAGCCCAGCCAGGGAGUACUAUGGUCUGGGGGCUCCUGGAGAGGGGGCGUGGCCCAGAGAGGGUCCUCACAGAGAAAGGAGUCAGGAAUGAGAAUCCCCUGUGGACACCUCUCUUCCCCCUCCCCCCAAGGCGGGGCCAGCUGGGACACCCCAGCCUCUAGACCUGCUGGGCUGGAGCAGGUGGGCCUUCUUUUAAUGCCCAGGAUUCCAGGAUCUGCCCUUCCUUGCAGAUUCCCUUCCAUUUCUCCUUCUGUAAAACAAGGGGAGGAUAGGACGGGCUCUCCUGCUUCAGAAGCCUGAGCUCCUGGGGUUGGUGCGGCUUUGAGGAACGUGUGAGCAGCCAGCCCUGUGGGCGGCGUGGGAGGCAGGGAGGCGGCUGGUCUGGCUGUGCUUUGCACACCUGCCCGGAGUGGAGGAGGAGGGGUGGAGGGCUAUUUUCCCAGCUCUGAUCUCCCCAGGCAUCUCCCUGCAACCCUCUUCUCACUCUCCUGCUGCUGUCUGGGAGAGUCUGAAGGAAGCUUUGACCAGCAGGGUGGAGGCGGGUGUGGCACCCCCUCUCCAGCCUGCCUGUUCCAGGAUGUUCCGAGGGCCAUCAAGGUCCCUUUCCACCGUCUGGUGAUAACUGGAACCAGACUCUUGAGCUGGCACAGAGGCCACAUCAAAGGCCUCUCCUCUUGGCACCCAGGCCAAAGCAAGUGCCAGCUCUGGGCACUCACCCCAGGGCUUGCCCCAGCAGGUCCAGGAGCAGCUGCUGGGACCAGCCUGGGCGUAUCCUGGCCUUUGAAAGUCUGAUCUCCUGGGAGAAAAGCAGGUUAGGGGGCUGUAGUCCCAGCCAGUGUCCUAAGCCUGGCGUCCCAGCCAUGUACUCGGGGGCGUGUGGGGACAGUGAGAUUUUCAUCACUCCCCAGCCCCCUGGGGAACGGGCUGCCGGCUGGCCAUCGAGGGCCUCCUGGGUUUGAGAGACGUUCCUUUUUAUCAAGGCUGCUCAAGGGGCCAGGCCUGCAUCAGGCUUGAGCCCCUGAGGCUGAGACCACAGACUUUUACUUUUACCCCAGUGCCUGUGUGGACGUUGCCUCAACAAAAGCAGCGAGCCUUCCCUGCCAAAGGUGCCAUCCACCUCGGGCUCAGUCUCCCUGCCCACCCCCACCCAUGUGGGCCUGGGUGGUCACAUGGGGGCAGUCUGGAGUCCAUGGACCAGCAUUCAAGCAAGCUCCAGCUUUGCUGAGGCCCCUGUGUGACUUCAGGUGUGUGACUGCCUUCUCAAGGCCUCUUUCCUUUUUAGACCUAGAAGCCUCCACAACUGCUGUCUGAGGCCCUUGGGUCUCUGAUACGUCAUUUUAGGCUUCUGAGGUGAACCCUGGUGGGUUGAAGUUGACUGUGGUCUGCCAUGGCUCUUCUCCCUGCCCCUGCUUCCCUGUCCUUCCUCCCUCCCUUCCUCUCCUCCCUGUCCCUCCUUCUCCCUGUCUCUCCUUCUCCUCCCUGUCCCUCCUUCCCUGCCCCUCCUACCUCCCUUCCCUCCAUCCUCCCUGCCCCUCCUCCCUCCCUUCCCUCCUCCCUCACUUCCCUUCAUCCUCGCUGCCCCUCCUCCCUCCCUUCCAUCCAUCCUCCCUGCCCCACCUUCAUCCUCCUUCCCUGUCCCUCCUCCCUUCCCUCCUCCUUCCCUGCCCCUCCUCCCUUCCCUCCUCCCUCCCUGCCCCUCCUCCCUGCCCCACCCUGAGAAACCUGCUUCCUUAGCGCCUAGGAGCUCUUGUUGGAUGAGGCCAGGCCAGCCACCCAGGUGCCAUUUCUGACCUGAUUUCCAGAAAUUGUGUACCAGGGCCUGGAGCACAGAACCAAUUGGCUAAAGCCUCCUGGGAGGGCUCAAACUGUCCAGCUUUAUAAGAAAAGCCUGGAAAGGAUUUGCUGGCUCCAUCAAUCUGCUUGGGCCACUGUGACUGUGUCUGCAGACUGCCCGCCUCAGGGUGGCAUGGAGGUUUCUCAGCUUAUUCAGGCCUGAGAGGCAGCCCCACACAGCCCGAGUACCUUGAGAGCCACAGAUUAAGUGCCGCUGCAAGGCCUAGCGCUGUGUUGACGUCUCUCUCGUCUCUGGGGUGUGCUUGCACAUCUGUGCGUGUAUGCAUGUGCUUUUAUCUGUGGGCACAUCAGCGUGCCUCUCCGGGAACAUGUCCCCACCUGUGUGUGCGUGUGUGCCCUCCUCGAGUCCACGCUGGGCCGCCUGGAGGUUGCCUCUCUGAGUACACAGGGUCAGUCGAUGUCUCUUCUACGUGCCUCUCCCUCUGCCUUCUCUCGUAGGGUUCUGGACUCCAGAGGGGCCCUCCCCUCUCCUGGAUACUCCAAGGCCCUCUGGUCUCCUUCCCCCAGCAACCAGGCAGCUGAGCCAGUUCCCUUAACAGGCCCUCUGGGGAGAGGUGACCAGGAGCCUGGGUGCAGGGAGCAGCUCUCCUGCGGGCCAAGGGCUGUACCACCCGCCUGGGCAGUGGACAUGGUUAUAUGCCCAAGGGCUGCCGGGCUGGCCCCAGUCCCACCUCUGUUUAUUCUGUACUACAACCUGUAAAUAACAUUUAGCAUUCCUAUUGUAACAAAAUUAAUUUUUAUGAAAUAAAUUAUAUUUCCUAGUCUAAUAAAAAAUUCAGGUUGUA